AUGUCCUUCGACCUACACGAUCACCGACUAGAAACUGCUACAACGCAACAACCCACGUUUGACGCAUGCAUUUCAUGGAUACAAGGUCCAUCCUCUCUACCUUUUGCCCCCAACUCUUUCCAGGUCUCAUCCCAUCUCACCCCUAAACUGCAAAUUUUGAACGAGCCAGGGACUAAACUAGGUGAUACUGAAUUCCCUCCCUCAUACUUAAUCGCCCCUCCCACUCUUCUGCCCUCCAUAACUCUCUCCCUCCUCUCUUAUCAAUACAAAGCCAUGGCGAGCUACUAUUCACUAUCACCUCCAUCAUCUCACCACCACAACGUUGACCAAGACGACGUGAAAAGCAUAGACUCUCAAACCACUCUACAACUGGACGACUUUGAGUCCGACUACGAUUAUGACUUUGACACAACGGGGAGCAGCGUUGCCUCCGGGUUCGUUUAUCUGGGUGGCAGCCCACUCCAGCGGAUGAUGCCCAAGCGGAUGUCAGGCAGACAGGUCAGGUCUUCAUUUUUUAGCGACGGGCAGUAUGAAGAGGAGGAAGACGAAGAAGAGUGGUACAAGAAUGAAGAGGAUGAAGAGGAGGCGGUGAGGAGGAGUGAGAGUUGGGAGUAUGUUCUCGGCGUUUUGGAGAAUCAAUAUUCUCACGAGAGCCAGUAUUAUGACCAGGGUUUACACCGGCAUGACCACUUUCGGGGUUUCCCAUUUUUGUCCGCGUCAGGUUCAAAGACGUUUGACGUCCAUGAUGAGAUCGACCACUCAUCUCCAUCCUUCGGCACUGCCCGCCCACAUUAUGACGCCACCGCCUCCUCUGGUCCCACCACUCCAACCAACACGACCAUCAUCCAAUACCUUUCACCAUCCUCACCGCUAGCACGUAUAACAUCCUACCUAAACCAGCCUGACAUUCGACGGGAUCCAUGGAAUAUUUCCCCUCCCGUUGAAAUAUCCCCCAACCCCGCUUCUGCGAACGAGGAUAACGAAGGAGGUGCUUCGCAUGUGUUUGUCAGAGAACGUUUCAGGGCGUGGAAUGAUCCUGAACCAAAAGGAUUACUGCAGGUAUUUGAAUUUGUCCGACAGUUGCUUGAGGUGAGUAUUCCGUUCUAG